CGGUCGGAUUAUUUUUGACUGCCUGAAGUUGCCUAGUGUGCCAUUUUUGAAGCAUACUUGGCACAUUCCUUCUCGCAGUGGAAGAAUCAAUUUUUGUGAUGGUGGCAAAAGUUGUGUGACAGCAUAUCCGUUCAUGUGUUGGCCCGAGGGAGGCAGCAGAUGAGGAGAUAUUCACCUUGAUAUUACAGAUGUUGUCGAGAGCGCUGCAGGAGAUUCCAACGCAGAUUGUUCCAUCUGUGGAGCAUUGGUUUGACUUGACCGCUGAAUGUUUCCGGUGCUUGAGAAACGCCUGCGUACAAUGCCCUCCGAAUCAGAAUACCAUCAGAAACAUGGGGCUGAUUGAGAAAGCCACGACUCUCAUCACAGUCUUAAGUACAUCAGACUACUCGCAAGAAUCCUGUUUAGUCGCCUUCCGCUGCGGCCUACAGUUCCUUGGCAAUGUUGCAGGAGGGAACAAGGAUUCUCAAAAUAGCAUCUGGAAGCAUGCUUUUCCACAUCUCUUCCUAAAUUGCCUGACCCAUGAAGAUGACAAAGUCUCUGCUUAUGCUUCCAUGGUUUUGUACACUUGUAUGGAUGAAGACAAAAUGGCUGACUUGUUAGAACCUGCCAACCUUAACGUUUCCCUGGGGGUAAUAACUGCCUACAGCAAGCAGUCAGAUGCGGAGUGGCUACACCUGAUAGUCACGGACCGUUUCUUGAGGUGCCCUGAACUGGUGAAACAGAUGUAUGCUUCACAGAGCCAUGCUGAUAGGUUGACCCUUUUAGAACUUAUUUUGUCUAAAAUAAAUGAGAAGAGCUCUCUUACAAAGACUGAGAUGACUAGUCUGCAACAAAUAGCCGAGUUCCUUUCUGACUGUUUCCAGAAGCAGAGCAAAGCAGUGCUGAUCCUGGUGUCGCCAGGGGAUCGUGAGGAAGAGGAGGCCUUGGUUGUGAUUAGGCUCUUGGAUCUUCUCUGUGAAAUGACUUCAGAUGCCGAUCACCUUACCGGUUUGCAGUCUUACCCAGGUUUACUGGACACAGUUGUCGAGACCCUGCGUCUGACACAUCUGGCUGGAAAACAAAGCAAGAAUGUCUUUACUUCCACUCAUAGCGCGUCCCUUGGAAUUGACCUGACACACGCUGCAGUUGGGUUCAAGGCUCAUCUCAUUCGUCUCAUCGCUAACCUGUGCUACAGAAACAGAGAGAACCAAGAUAAGGCAGAGGAAGGAGGCACCUGCUGCAGCCAGAUGUCUUACAGCCAGGUACAUGGCAGUGAGGAGAAGAUCUGGCAGCUAGAUGGGAUUCCCAUCAUCCUGGAUAACUGCAGCAUUGAUGACAACAAUCCAUUUCUCAAUCAGUGGGCGGUUUAUGCCAUUAGAAACCUUACAGAACACAAUGAGAAGAAUCAGGAACUGAUCGCUAGUAUGGAACGUCAAGGCCUAGCCGACACUGCAUUGCUUGAAAAUAUGGGAUUGCAUGUGGAGGAGCGGGAUGGGAAACUGGUUCUGAAAUCUGUGAAGAAAAACUGAAUAUUAGUACAAGCAAAUUUGGUUGGAUGCAUUGAGUGCAUUUAUACAGAGACUUGUAUGCCACAAAAAUGGAUUCUUAAGAUGAUCAUCUUCUUGGUGCUGGAUCAUGUAAAGAAUAUUUUUCUAGGUAUAUCAAGACUGCUGCCUUGUAAUUGAGUGGCUCCAAAGUUAACAUCUACUGUUAUGCUAAACAGGUUGUUACGGUUUACUGGUUUUUCCAGAAACAUCACCACUCUUUCCAUAGGCUGUCUAGUAAUGCAGCUUGGCAACAUUCAAAAAUGAUGCAAUACUAAAAACAUCCGUUGGACAACCUUGCCGCUGUAUGUAGAAGAAAGCAGCUAUGUUUUUGUAAAUUCAUACAACCUGAAACCAGUUCCUGACUGUUGAACAGUGAGUUCCCUAUGUGAACUCUCGCCAAAGACAAGAAGCAAAAUUUAAAAUUGUUACAAUUGAGCAAAUAAAAAUCUCACUGUUUACCAAU